GGAUGAGCGACGGGUCCUGUUUCCAUGGGAAACCGCGGAUUUCCGCCGCCGGCCGAGGCGGCACCAGCCGCAUUUUGGGCAGGGCGAACCUCCCCCGAUGCGUGGAUUUGGCGACCGCGCGCCAGAUCCAUGGAUCGCUCAUCCAUGUUUGCGCGCCUCCGACACCGGGGGAACAGACAUCUGCCGAUGCCGCUGCUCCCCGGGUCUCUCCUGGGGCGCGCCCUGGCCCCUGACCAGGGUCUCGAGGUGAACCCAGCCGUGGCGACGAGGCAAGCGCAGCGGCAUCGGUGUCUGCACCGUCUCUGCAUCGCCCGAGUCGCCCGCGCGCGCGCGCCGAAAAACGCCAUGAUCUCGCGCGGGCUGCUCCGCGGCGCGCGCCGGCUGGCGUUGCAGCAGCACCAGCCCGCCCGCGCGCCGUUGUCGCCGGCGCCCAUGGCAGCCCUCCGCGCCUUUGGCGGCCACGGCGACCCGCGGGCGCACCUGAACCCGGACGGCACGAGGCCGGAGGCGGAGGACGCCGAAGACUACCACGACCCGGACCCCAUGGACCACGUGCCGCGGCAGAUCAUCGUGGAGGAGCGGGGCCAGAAGUGGAUCAAGAGCCACGACCCCCCGAAGUCCAUGCUCGAGAUCUGGGAGAUGCCGCAGGAGAACCUGCCAUUCUGCCCGAGGCUGCGCCUGCACAUCUGGGGCAACUACAAGCUGCUGAUGAAGGCUGAGUACCUGUUCUUCUACAUCCCCACCAUUAUCAUCCUGGGCCUGGUCAUCCCCGCCUUCACCACCAUCUACGCACUGGAGGAGGCCAUGUGCACCACGAUGGUCGUCAAGGUCACCGGCAGGCAGUGGUACUGGGUGUACGAGGUGGAGUCCCCCACUGACGACGGCGACGACGACGAGUGAGGGGCGCCCGCCGCUGUGGGACGGCGCCCCCCCCUCCCCUCUCUGCCUGCGGUGCUCGGCGCGCGGACCCCGCCGCGGAGCUCCCUCCUCGCCGCCCUCCUCUCGAGCAACAGAAAAGGUAUGUGCACAGUGGAGACCCAUGCCAGG